UGGUUUUGUAUAAUUUGAGUCCAAAGGUCAAACUCACUGGCGUUCUGUACAACAGUAUAAAUAGUGUAGCCUAUAUAAUAAAAUUCUAUAUAUAAUAUACUUAUACAGUGUAAGACUCGGUAAUAAUUAUGCGCAAAUGUUAUGCAUUAUUAUACUGUGUAAAAUAAAAGAAGGAAAUGCAUUUUAGUCAUUUGUUUAAACUUGAAUCCUCAUAAUUAAAACCUAUAAAUUAUAAAAUGUGUUGUUGUUUUUUUUCGAUUUUUACCACCCAGGUCCAGGCCAGGUAACCAGAGACCAGAGUCUAAAAAGAGUAGUUUCGAGUUACCAACUCAGGACUUACAUUCAAUUGAUUAUUAUCAUCACGUUUCAGUCAUAGCUCACAGUAGAACGAUCAUCAGCCUAGUAUUUGUAUCAUAGUAAAUAAUACCGAUUUGUCAGUGGAAUAUGGCAGUCAAUACCGGGUAAUGUCUGUAGUCUGUAGUAUUAAUUAUUAAUUAAAUUAAGUUAAAGUUAAGUCUAAGUAGUAAGCCUAUUAACUGAUACUUAUUUAGUUAGUUAUUAUAAUAUAUAGUUUACUAUAUCAUAGUAAUAGUCUAUAGUGAACAUUUCUAGUCUUUGCUUACAGUUACAGGCAUAGCAUGGGCCUAUAACUAUAACGCUGUAACCUGUAAUUUGUUAUUGAUUGAUUACUUAUAUUUAUUAUUUAAAUUAUUUUUAAAAAUAAAUUUGGGUUUAGGCCUGCCUAUAGAUAAUAGAUUUUAUAAAUCUGAUAGUUAAAGUUAAAUAUAUUUAGGCGUAGUCACCCACUACACUAUACACUGUACAACCAGAGCUGUUGGGUGACUUUUGGAGACCCUUGCCAAGUUUCACUGUUGUGCUCCCUGCAUUCAAUUGUUUAACUUUUUCCAAUAGCCAAUAACAACUUUGGCUGGGCCCCAUAAUUCAAGGCUCAAUAAAGCCCCAGAUGUUUUAGGGCCCAAGCAACAGCUCUGUGUACAGCAGUAGGCUAAGUGUGGAGAGGGGUACUUAAAAUCCUGAAAUUGUAAAAAAUAAUUAUUAUAGGCCUAGGUACUAAAAUAAAAUGGGCUUUAUUUUUGGAUGAACUUGGAACACUCCUACUACUGGUGAGAGCACAUCAAAAUUAACAAUGCCAGUUUUUGUUUAGGUAUUUAAACUAAUCUAAAAAAAAAAUGAUCAAGAAAGAAAAGUUUGUGUUCAUUCAAAACAUUAAUAAUUAACCCAUUUAUGAAUUUUAUGCCUAGUGUUCCUUUAUUGGAACAAUGGACAUGUUGAAAGCCAAACAAACAAAAAACUAUAGGACAAGUAUACAAUGAAGCCAGAAGGAAAGCCAUGAAAAUAUAUAGGAAGAAAAAAGGGAAUGGGCAAAAACUAAAUUAAAGUAAUAGAAGAUUUAUCAAGAGAGGGAAAUCAAGAUAAUGAAGAUAAAAAACGAAAAGAAAGGAUACCAAGCCAGACCUCAAAGGUGUGAGAGCAAUGAUGGAAAAUUACUUACGGAAAAUUGUAAAUUACUGUAGAGAUGGCUGAAUAUUUUGAGAGAAUACUAAAUGCAGACAAUGGACAAGAUUGUCAAGCACCACAUGGAGGACCAGACCCUUUGGUAAACUCCCAACGUUGGAAGAAACUACAGAAGUAAUCAAUUCUAUGAACAACCAUAAAGCCACUGGAGAAGACCUCAUCACAGCAGAACUGAUUAAAUAUGGAGGAAAAGAACUACACACUCAGAUAUAUAAACUUAUAACUAAAAUUUGGCAAGAAGAGAAAAUUCCAACAGAAAGGGAAACAGCAUUAAUAAGCCUAAUACACAAGAAAGGCUCCAAACUUCAGUGCACAAACUACAGAGGAAUGUCCCUAUUAAAUGCUACAUACAAAAUAGUGACGAAGCUUAUUGCCAAAAGACAACAACCUUACACUUACACUGAAGAAAUACUAGGUGAUUACCAAUGUGGAUUCAGACAAAACAGAUCAAUGACUGAUCAGAUUUUCACUAUCAGAUGUCUAUUAGAGAAAUAUGAAUAUAAUAGCCCAGCACAUCAACUCUAUGUAGACUGUAAAAUGGCCUAUCACAGCAUCAAAAGAAAAUAUCAUAUGAGAUUCUGCAGGAGUUAGUCAUACCAAACAAACUGACAAGACUGAUACAUAUAAAUAUAACAUUUAAACAACUCAAAAGGCAAAAGCAAGGUUCAGGGUGAAUAUUCAAGGGAAUUUCAGAUUAGAUGAGGCCUAAGACUAGGAGAAUCACUGUCUUGUAUGCUAUUUAACCUAACAUUGGAGAGAGUUAUAAGAAGCAUACAUAUUGGGCUGGACAUCUAGAAAGACGGCCAAAAGACAGAGGAGUGAAAAGGGUACACCACCUAAACCCCAGAGGAAAAUGGCUCAAAGGCAGACCUAGGCUUAGAUGGAUGGAUGAUGUGGGAAUCCAAGCAUGGAAAAUAAAAGCAUCAAGUUAGGUCUGAGUGGAAGGAUGUGGUGAGUCCGGCCAAAGCCCUACAUGGGCUGUAACACCACAGUGAUGGAUGGAUGGACAUGUAUGAGUCAUUUAUUUUCUACUGCUCAUGGAGAUCUGAGUUUUCCACAUCCAUCUUCUUCAAGAGGGUCCAUAUUAUCACAAUGGACGCAGAGUUUUACUGUCCCACAUCUUUCACUAUUGUUUUUUUUUUAAAUAAUUUAUUUACUACUCAUGUUAGGCUGCGGCUAUUCGGACCCCUGCCCGAGAAGUGAGAGUUUAGGUUUUUUUUAAAAUAUUAAAAAAUUAUUAUAGGGUUUGUAAGACAAAAUUAGGUAUCAAAUGAAAGAUAAUUGAAUGGACUAUGUUUUUAUUAACUUACUUAUUCAGUUUAUCUAAAAUAAACUACAACAAAUGACAUACAAAUAGCAUUUAGUCAAAAUGGACCCGGCCACGCAGUGCCGCUAUUUGGACCCGGGUCCCUUUAGACUCAAUGCUAUUUGGAUGUCAUUUGUGGUAGUUUAUUUUAGUUAAACUGAAGAAGUAAGUUUACGAAUAUAUUAUAGUCCAUUCAAUUAUCUUUCAUUUGAUACCAAAUUUUGUCUUACGACAUAACAAUAAUUUUUUUUUUUUUUUAAUGUUACUCCCAACCUCUCACUUCUUGGACCCUGGUCCGAAUAGCCACUUCGCUCAUGUUAUACUAUAAAAAUAAAAUUCUUAUUAAUAAUUGGUGUACAGUUAUGGGUUUCAAAUGUUGGAUGUUCCAUUUUUGGAACACUAGGCAAAUCCUUUACCUGUUGGAAUAAUUACUAAUAGUAUUUUUUAGAGUUGAAAAUCUUUUACAAUUUUCAAGAUGCCCUUACCUCUAAAUUUACAUGAAAUCACUUUAGUGUUACUGUUAGUAGAGACAGAUGACACUAUUGAAGCAAGUGCUCUAGUGAUACAACCAUCUGAUAAUGCUACAGCGCUUGCUUCUGGUGAGGACUCAAGGGAUAAAGAAGCUGGAGCAAUAAAUAAUUUGCUUCAGUCACAGUCUUUUUUGGGAGCACUUGCAUAUCUUAUUCAACUUGACUAUAAUGAUGAGUCUGACCCAGAAAUCCCUUGUAUGCAUAUUGUCUAUUUGUUCUUUCUAUCAGAAAGCUUGCAGGCAGAACUGUCUUCAUUACAGGUGCCAGCAGAGGCAUCGGGAAAGCUAUAGCUCUCAAAGUUGCUAAAGAUGGAGCCAACGUAGUCAUUGCAGCAAAGACAGCAGAGCCUCACCCCAAGCUUCCAGGCACUAUUUAUACAGCAGCAGAAGAAGGUAUCACUCAUCAAAUGUGACACCUCAGAGGUCUUGACAAACUCGAAACACUCAUGGCCACUAACCCCAUUCACAUCAUAAUCUAAUAUUUGAAAAGGAUUAAAUUUUUUAGCUUAACUAAAUUGGAAUUAUCCUUGCUAUUUCUUACUUCACAUUUGUAUUAUAAAUUAGAAAUAAUUGGAAGAUCACAAGAUUAGGAACUGCUAGCAAUCUUCUUGAAUCCUAAUGAUGUGGGGGAGGGAGGGGGAAACGACUGAUAUUUAUUAAUCUUUAACGUAUGUAAUAAAUAUACCGAAAUAAUGUUUCAUAAAUAAAAAAAAAUUCAAGUGUUUUUUUAUUUCAAUAAAAUUAAGAAUAAAUGACAUCAUGUUAUUUCAAUACCCGGUAAUCUAUAAGACACUGUUUGACUUGAUUUCCUAUAGUCAAUCAAGCAGGAGGAAAAGCAUUUCCGUGCAUUGUUGAUAUCAGAAAUGAAGAACAAGUUCAGGAGGCAGUCAGACAAACUGUGUCUAAGUUUGGUGGCAUUGACAUCCUCAUAAACAAUGCCAGUGCCAUUUCCCUCACACCAACGUUAGCAACGUCCAUGAAGAAAUACGACUUGAUGAAUGGAAUAAAUGCUAGAGGCACAUACUUAUGGUUUGUUUCUGUUUCCUUCAUACUUUUUAAAAAUUAUAUUUUGUUAUUUAACAGAAAUCUUUAAAAACAUACACAGAAAAAACUAUUAAAAGAAAAAAAACUAUUAAAAGUAGAAGCAAUAAUUAUUUUUAUUUUCAUAACUCCAAAAGCAAAUAUUUAAAUGUCAGCCCUUAUUGUGAAAUCAUUAAAUGUUUUUUUAAUAUAAAUGUUGUUUGAUAAAUAUUGUUUAGUCUUUAAUUAGAUGUAGUUUUAUUCUAAAUGUUUCAGUUCUCAGGCAUGUUUGCCACACUUGUUGAAAGGCCAGAACCCUCACAUACUUAAUUUAAGUCCCCCGUUAAACAUGUCACCUGUCUGGUUCAAAAAUCAUGUCGGUAAGUUAUAAAAUAAUUUUUUAGUCUUAGGUCAUUACUAUGUAACAUUAUCCAUGUGGAACAGGAUAAUAAUAUAUGAACACUUGAGGUUGUGGUCUGUGCAACAACUGACUUCAUUAUCUGUUGUACAUACUUCUUUAUACCCAGCAUAACAUAACCACUCACUCCAGUUAUCCAACUAAUAUUCAUACAUUUAAGCUUAGACAUUCCUGAAAACAACUUAAUAUGUCCAGUCAGACAACAGGGCAACAAUACAGGACAAUGAAAUCACUAAGUUCAGUAGGUGCAUGUGAUAACAGACCUGUUUACUUACGAUUUUGGCGUACAAUGUACGAUUUUGAGGUGUAUAAUAAUAUAUAGUGUAUGUUUAUUUUUUUUACUAUUAAGAUAAUGUAUUGAACGAUUUUGUGAUGAUAUUUUACAAUUUUAAGAGUUUGAGGGUAAACAGGUCUGUGAUAACACUACUGGUAUGUCAGUCACUCUUACUGUUACAAAUGGUUCAGCUUUUAUAACAAAUUAAAAUCAACAACUUAAAGAAAGUACUUUACAACUCAGCUGGAAAUCUCAGCAAAUAAAAAUGUAAAUAACAAAGAAACCUUUCUCUUUUCAUUGUUUGUUUAAUUAAAUUCAGAAGGAACAUUUGUUUGGAAGGGUUCACUUUUUUUUAAAUUUUAAUGCAUUACAGAUGCUCUUAAUGGUUGUAUAACAAUUGUUACAUUUAUGUAGUAAGUGCAAUAAACUAAGGAGAAGUAUUAUUUUUAGCUUACACAAUGGCAAAAUAUGGAAUGUCUAUGUGUGUCCUGGGUAUGGCAGAAGAGUUCCGUAAAGAAGGUGUGGCUGUCAAUGCACUCUGGCCCAGAACAGGUAAAAUUCAUAGAAACUAUAAUUAUAUCUACUUUUAUUUUAAGUUAUGACACAGAAUUUUAUGAUAUACAAAGGAAGGGUGAUAAUUUAACACUGUGACAGGUUUCUUCUCAUUUGCUGAAAUACCAGAAAAUUUGUUUUAGUAAGCAAAUGCAGUGCUGUCGUUAACCUUACAUUUCCUCCCAAGGAAGCAUCAUUUUUAGUCAUGAUGCCUACGACACCUUGAAUUGCAAUCACUAAAUCUUUACUGGACCAACUAUACACAAUCCAAUGUUGGCAAGGUACAAAAUGCAAUUUAUUGUUGCCUCUUAUCUCGCCUUUUGCCCCUACUCAUUUAUCCGAAUCUGUAAUACCUAGCUUUGUCACACCAAUCUGGGAUGGCUAGCCUUAUCACACCUAUGUGAUGCCUAGCCUUGUCACACUAAUCAGUGGAGUCUAGCCUUGUCACACCAAUCUGGGAUGGCUAGCCUUAUCACACCUAUGUGAUGCCUAGCCUUGUCACACUAAUCAGUGGAGUCUAGCCUUGUCAUACCAAUCUGUGGUGCCUAGCCUUAUCACACCUAUGUGAUGCCUAGCCUUGUCACACUAAUCUGUGGAGCCUAGCCUUGUCACACCAAUCUAUGAUGCUGAGCCUUGUCACAUUAAUUUUUAAUCUGUGAUGCCCAGCCUUGUCACACUAAUCUGUGGAGCCUAGCCUUGUCACACCAAUCUAUGAUGCUGAGCCUUGUCAUGUUAAUUUUUAAUCUGUGAUGCCCAGCCUUGUCACACUAAUCUUUGGAGUCUAGCCUUGUCACACCAAUCUAUGAUGCUUAGCUUUGUCACAUUAAUUUUUAAUCUGUGAUGCCCAGCCUUGUCAUAUUAAUCUGUGGUGCUUAGCUUUGUCAAACCAAUCUGUGAUGCCUACCCUUGUCACACCAAUCUGUGGUGCCUACCAUUGUCACACCAAACACCCUGGUAAUUAGGGUUUCUUGUAACUUUAUUUCAAACACUAGUGACCCUAUCAAAAAGUUUUUUUUUUUUUUUCUUUAACUAACUUAUAAAUAUUAAAGUUAAUCUCUAUUUCUAUAUUUCGAUCAGGCUGAGAAUUUAGUAGUUUUUAAAAUAGAAACAUUCCUAUGGUGAUGAAAUUAAAAUAUUUUAUUUUGCUUAACUCAGCCAUUUGGACUGCUGCCAUGGAAAUGAUUGGGGGCAGUGAAACCAAGCAGCAGUGCCGGACUGUGGACAUCAUUAGUGAUGCUGCCUAUGUCAUCCUUACUCGUGACAGUCGCCAGUUUACUGGAAAUUUCUGUGUGGAUGAUGAAGUCCUAAAGUCAGUUGGUAUAACAGAUUUGGAACAGUAUUCUUGUGUGCCAGGUGAGAUGACUCUCUUAAAAUAACUGACCUAGUUACUGGGUAGCUAACUGACCUUGAUACUGGAUAGCUAGUUAUAAUGGAUCAGGUUAAAUCCAGGAUAGAUCGAUGGAUAUGAUGUCAUUCCUUAUAAACAAUCAACCAAAAAUAACAUGUAUUGAUCUUGACUUUAUUCAGGAAGUGCAUUGCUGCCAGAUUUCUUCUUGGAUGUAGGGCCUAAUGAGCUCCAAGAAAAGUUGAAAGGAAGUCCUGCUUCUAAACAACAAGAAGGCGAAUCCGUUUCUGGUGUUCAGCAAACUUUUAAUCGAAUGGGAGGACUGUUAACUGAGGAUUUGGUGAAGGAUAUGAAAGCAAGCUAUCAAUUUGAGCUAUCAGGUUAGUGUCUGCACAAAUUUAUAUCUGCAGGGAUCGUUAGGAAAUUAAUUGAGUACUUAAGGCUCCCAUUGAUAUUUUCUGAAACCUUUUCUGCCUCCCACUACCCGGAAACAUUUUUGGGAAAGUCUUUCAAGAUCAUAAAUAAGCACAGGUAUCUAACUUAGCACAGGUGUCUAAGCACAUGUGUCUAAGCACAGCUAUAUAAGCACAGGUGUCUAAGCAAAGGUAUCUAAGCACAGGAAGCUAAGCACAGGUAUCUAAGCACAUGUGUCUAAGCAAAGGUAUCUAACCCAAUUUUUUACAAUUUCUUUCAAAACACUCAUAAAGAAAUAUUUUAUGCAGGCUUCCAUAAAUGUUGAAAUUAUCUUUUUGUACCUACACUGUGUUAAUAAGAAUCAGCCUUGUAAAUAUGGAAAGUUGCAAGGACCUAAAAAUGUCUGAAGGGAGUAAACCAUAUCACUUACACCUCAUAAUAUUCUCCAUUUGUUUAGUUUAGUGUGAAGAUUUAUCUCGCGUUUGCUUGAGAUUUUUAAAAAUGUGUCAACUAAAACUACAUUGAAUUCCUAAUAUAAUAUUUUUACCGUUUUUAUGAUUUCUCUUUUUUCUCAUCAUUAAUUUUAAUCUUAUUUGACAGGUACUGAACCAGGAACCUGGUAUCUUGAUCUUAAAUCAGGAACUGGUUCAAUUGGUCAGGGUGGAAUGGAACAACCGGACUGCACUAUGACCCUAGAAAGCCAGUUAUUCCUUGAUAUGUUUGCUGGCAAGGCAAGUCCAACAACUUCAUUCAUGACUGGAAAGCUCAAAAUCAAAGGUGACAUGAAAGCUGCAAUGAAAUUAGAGAAACUCAUGGGGAAAAUGAGGAAGUCUAAAUUAUAGUGAGAAGUUACAUGUUUCUGCAAGAUUUCACUGGUUAAUAUAUUAUUGUUUCAGGUCUAUAACGAUAGACUAUCAAUAAUUUUGAAACAAUUUCAAUAAAUUUACACAUUGCAUACUUUGGCAAGAUGUAUCGGCUUUCAAAACUAGCUCAUUACAGAAUGUUGAUGAAUUAGCUUGGUGAUACUAAGUCUCUAUUUUGUUUUGAUUUCAGUCAAUCCUUACUAUUACUGUGCUUAAUACAAAUCUGUAAAUACUUGUAGUGAAAGAAAACUAUGAGUUAUCAACCCCUUUUUUAAAUCAUUUAUUCAGUGAAUAAUGAUGAUUUAUAUUAAUAAUAGAACCGGUAUUUCACUGUCAACAAACAAAUGCUUCAUGUUAAUUUUCCUUUUGUUUUCCAUUGAUACCAAAGUCAAGGCCAUAACUAAAGAUCUCUUUUUUUUGUUGUCAUUUUCUGUCAACACCCUUAAAUUUUCAUGCCAUUAAAUUUAAUACAGAGAAAAAACUGGUUAAGCUUUGAGUAAGACUUUUUACAAAUAUUAACCUAAAAAUUCAAUGCUAAUUCCUGUGAUAAGUAAUAUAUCCUUUUAUCUUGUGAGGCAAUGAGUUCAGACAGCUUACAAUUAUUAGCUUAAAAAUUAACUAUAAAUGCCUGUGAUAAGAAAUUCUAUCCUCUUGUGAUUUAAAAAGAUUUAUUUUAUGAUUUUGGAAUGUUAUAGUUAUUUAUUUCAUAUUUACUUAAUUAUUUGGAGUGAACACAUUUUACUUAAUGUUGUUGUAUUUUUACUGGCACCUGAAAAACAAAUUCAAUGAUAUGCCCAUAAUGACUUAAGUUUGAUUGCUCCAGUAAAUUUUGUAAAAAAAUGUUUGGGUUGAGAACCUUUGUUUUCAUGCUACAUCUUGACAAUAAGCUUAUGAGAUAGUUAAAUAAAAAUAUUUUUAUUAGGUUAAGUUUCAUGUUAGCAGAAUUCACUGUGCCUUACACGGUAUAUAUGUUGUUUACACUUUGUACCUAUUAAGUAAGAAUGAAUGCACACAAUUUUUCAAGAAUUACUUCAAUUCAGAAUUCUGUCCCCUAAACUAAAACUUCAGGUACAUGUUGUUGAACAUAAGAUGGUGAUUCAACAAAGAAGUUUUUUUCAAAUCAUGUAUUUAAUUACUUAAAUCAGAGGUCCCCAUCCUAAUUGUGCGGAAUGCCCACACAUAAAAGGGCACAUUGUACUACUUCAUAAAAAGGCAGCAAUGUGGAAUAAUCAAUAUUAUGAGAGCCUUUGAGAAUCUAAGCUAUUUUGUAACUGUCCAUAAUGGCUGCUACAUUCAGCUAUCGUACUUAAGGCUGGCCAUAAUUUGGGGACCUUGGAUAUACAAAUUAUAAUUGUUACAUGUUACAUGACCAAUUAAAAAUAUAUUAUUUUAUAAUUUCAAGUUGUUUUUUUUAAUCAUUUCAUAAAAAAAGAAAAGCUGC